GGACAAGAAGCUUCACAUUCAAGUCGAGACGAACGAGUCGCGGAAGGCUACUACGAAGGACAGAGGCAUGUGCAGUAGAGACACCGCGUUGAUCCCGCCAGACACGUGGGCAUUGUACCAUCAACUGAUACACGUGCACAUGCACGCGCUAGCUAGUCACGUGCGGAUCUUUCACCAACUUGUCGACACGUACGUCGCACAUGUGGGCGAGCAUCCCAUCACCGGCGUGCGGUCUGUGGCUACAUGCAGCCUUCCUAAGACAAAGCGCAGCAUAUUGGCUCACAGCACGCCGAGUAACCUUCCUUCCGCGUUCACCAUGACACUGUUGAGCCAAGUUUGCCACAGAGGUGGAUACAUCGAGUCGCCGUUGUUGCUGGAAUACGCCCUCAACCAACUCGAGCGGUGGCAACUCGAGACCGCCGAGAAGGUUCAAAUCACAUUUGUCGUGUACUUGACUCUCCAGCAUCAUGGACAUCAUGGUGCAUCCUCCUCAUCCUUCUCCCGUUUCGACCAGUAUUACUGCCUCUACGAAUCCUAUCUGCAUGUGUUCCUCAACUGGAUGCGGCAUGCCGCCCUCGAGAAGCUCCGGACCACCGAACUCGAUGAGCUCGUCCGCGUGUUGCUGCUCCUGGUGUCGGCCUUCCCGCCGCUCCUUCACAGCCGUCGCAGGCAGACCGCCCGACUCCUCCGGCUUAUCCGGAAUGCUUUGCCCACAACAUAACAUUCAUACAAAGUAGUACUAAUUAUGCAUCGUGCUCGUCGUUCUCGGCAUGCUCGCUGCGGCGGCGGUGGUCGUAGCGGUCCAUGCCGUGGCGCCGCUUGAAGCUUCCUAUCCACGACUCGCCCGCCUUGAACACGUCGGUGCUGAGACCCUUGGACUCGGCCUCUUCCAGCGCCUUGUCGCGGAGCAUGCUGUGGGUCACAGGCACCCCGUUCGACCGCAGCUCGCAGAUCCACCGCACGAGGCGGUCUUCGCUUUCGGUACCAAGAGUGCUACUCACACCAUGGGGACGGGAACAUCGAUGGGAUGCUUGAAUGGGAUCCGACGCACGGGCUGCGAUGGACGCUCGUGUGGCAAUCCACGUGUGGACGUUCUUGCGUGCGGAUUCGCGCGCCAACCCGACUACGUUCGGAUAGAAGUGGUCCAUAGUGCUGGGCAUGCCGUGCUCUGCGUGGUACUCGAUCACUCGCAGCUUUUCUUCGUACGUGAGGCGCUUCCUUUGAAGCCCUACCCGCUUCUUUGCCGGGAGGCUCGCAUUCGCCGGCAGUCGCGGUCGGCCUCGAACUCCGGGCAUUUUACAGUUAAA